AUGGUGGCGCCGGUGGUGUACCUGGUAGCGGCGACUGUACUUGUCGGCCUUAUCCUUUUCCUGACACGUUUUCGAGGCCGGGCGACGGCAGCUGGCCGAGAACCACAGCACAAUGAAGGUGUAACGGACCGAGAGGCCCAGGCAGGCCGCCUGGAGCCCGAGGAGCAGAGAGCUGAGGGCAGGCCCCGGCGGCGGAGGGACCUGGGCAGUCGCCUGCAGGCCCAGCGUCGAGCCCAGAGAAUGGUCCAGGCAGAAUUGGAUGAAAAUGAACAGGAGGCAGUUGUCCCAGUCCAGGAGGAAGAAGGCAUUGAGAAGCCAGUGGAACCUCAUGUGUCAGGCAAAAUUGGAGCCAAGAAGCUACGGAAGCUGGAGGAGAAACAGGCUCGAAAAGCCCAGCGUGAGGCAGAAGAGGCAGAGAGAGAGGAGCGGAAGCGCCUGGAAUCCCAGCGGGAGGCCGAGUGGAAGAAGGAGGAGGAGCGGCUCCGCCUAGAGGAGGAACAGAAGGAGGAAGCAGAGAGGAAGGCCCGGGAGGAGCAGGCCCAGCGGGAACAUGAGGAGUACCUGAAACUGAAGGAGGCCUUCGUGGUAGAGGAGGAGGGCGUGGGGGAGACCAUGACUGAGGAGCAGUCCCACAGCUUCCUGACCGAGUUCAUCAGUUACAUCAAGCAGUCCAAGGUGGUGCUCCUAGAAGACCUGGCUUCCCAUGUGGGCCUGCGGACUCAGGACACCAUAAACCGCAUCCAGGAUCUGCUGGCUGAUGGGACUCUGACAGGUGUCAUUGACGACCGGGGCAAGUUCAUCUACAUAACCCCAGAGGAACUGGCUGCUGUGGCCAACUUCAUCCGACAGAGAGGCCGGGUGUCCAUCACUGAACUUGCCCAGGCCAGCAACUCCCUCAUCGCCUGGGGCCAGGAGCCCCCGACUCAAACCCCAGCCUGA